UACUCUUUGCCUCUCUUAUCUGGGAGAAAUUUUUUUUUUCCCCAAAGCGAAGCAUGAACCGUUGUUAAGUGGAAAAUGGAGGCUGAGUUUUACAUGACGAUUCUAACCUGCUUGAUCCUCGGGAGCUUGGAGGGCUUCCAGAUAGUCCACGUGCGCAAGCAACAGUGCCUCUCCAUAAAUCAGAAGGUGGUUAUGGGCUUCUGCAAUGGCAGCAGCCGCAACCAGCAGUGGCUGUCAACUGAGGAUGGGAAGUUCCUUCACAUUAAAUCUGGAUUGUGCCUGGGUAUCUCCAACUCCUCAAGGGGCCCCUUCCAACCAGCAGUUGCUACUCCCUGUGCCCAGGCACCCCGAUGGACCUGCCAUGCUCAGGAAGGUUUCCUUGAGGUGGAAAAUACCUCACUCUUUCUCAAGAAACAAAACCAUAAGGUAGUGGUCAAGAAGAUCAGUAAAUACCUCGAUAGCUGGAUGAAGUUAGUUAUCAACAAGGAGGGGAGACUGGCCAAUGAAAGCCUCUGUCUGAAGCAAGCUGGCCUGGGUACAGAAGUCUCGGUGCGGACUGCUAGAAACUCAGCUGCUUCCCAGAUUGCCACUACUGCUAACACCGUCCCAUAUAGCCCAAGCCACAUUAGCAAUACCACAGAGACAUUCCUCGGGAGCACUACAGAGACCCUCAGGAGCACUGCAGAGACCCUCGGGAGCACUGCAGAGACCCUCAGGAACACUGCAAAGACCCUCGGGAGCACUGCAGAGACCCUCAGGAACACUGCAAAGACCCUCGGGAGCACUGCAGAGACCCUCGGGAGCACUGCAAAGACCCUCGGGAGCACUGCAAAGACCCUCGGGAGCACUGCAAAGACCCUCGGGAGCACUUCAGAGGCCUACAGUCAGAGCAGCAGCAAGAGAGGUCUCCCCCAUCUGCACACGGCUGGAGCUACAGACGAAUCCUGGAGCCCGCUGACUACUCCACCUUUCUCCAGCAUCACCACAGAGACUGGAGUGGCAGAGCAAGUGAAAUGUAACUUCACACUGUUGGAGUCCAGGGUCUCUAGCUUGUCAGCGUCUAUCCAGUGGAGGACUUUCGCGUCACCCUGUAACUUUAGCCUCAUCUACAGCAGUGAUACCUCGGGGCCCAUGUGGUGCCAUCCUAUUCGGAUAGACAACUUUACCUACGGAUGUAACCCCAAGGAUUUACAAGCAGGGACCGUCUAUAACUUCAGGAUUGUUUCUCUGGAUGGAGAAGAGAGCACUCUGGUCUUACAGACAGAUCCGUUGCCUCCUGCCAGGUUUGAAGUCAAUCGGGAGAAAACAGCAUCAACCACCCUGCAGGUCCGGUGGACUCCCUCUUCUGGAAAAGUCUCCUGGUAUGAGGUGCAAUUAUUUGAUCAUAACAAUCAAAAGAUACAAGAAGUCCAAGUUCAAGAAAGUACCACCUGGAGCCAAUAUACUUUUCUGAACCUCACUGAGGGUAACAGUUACAAAGUUGCCAUCACAGCUGUUUCGGGAGAAAAGCGCUCCUUUCCGGUGUAUAUCAAUGGCUCUACAGUACCAUCUCCAGUGAAAGAUCUUGGCAUUUCCCCCAAUCCUAAUUCUCUCCUAAUUUCCUGGUCUCGUGGUUCUGGGAAUGUGGAACAAUACAGGCUGGUGCUAAUGGAUAAAGGGGCCAUCGUUCAAGACACAAACGUGGACAGGCGUGAUACUUCUUAUGCUUUUCACGAGCUGACCCCUGGCCACCUCUACAACCUCACUAUUGUCACCAUGGCCUCGGGACUGCAAAACUCCAGGUGGAAACUGGUGAGGACCGCUCCCAUGGAAGUCUCAAAUCUGAAGGUGACAAAUGACGGGAGGUUGACCUCUCUAAAUGUGAAGUGGCAGAAACCCCCUGGGGAUGUAGAUUCCUACAGCAUUACCCUGUCUCACCAAGGGACCAUCAAAGAAUCCAAAACAUUAGCACCUCCUGUUACUGAAACUCAAUUUAAGGACUUAGUCCCUGGACGGCUUUACCAAGUGACCAUCAGCUGCAUCUCUGGUGAGCUCUCUGCUGAGAAGUCAGCAGCGGGGAGAACAGUUCCAGAAAAAGUGAGGAAUCUGGUUUCCUACAACGAGAUUUGGAUGAAGUCCUUUACAGUGAACUGGACGCCCCCUGCUGGAGAUUGGGAGCAUUAUCGUAUCGUGCUCUUCAAUGAAUCCUUGGUCUUGCUCAACACCACAGUGGGAAAGGAAGAAACGCACUAUGCCUUGGAUGGCUUGGAGCUCAUACCAGGAAGACAGUAUGAGAUAGAAGUCAUUGUUGAGAGCGGAAAUCUGCGGAAUUCCGAGCGCUGUCAAGGCAGGACAGUACCCCUGGCUGUCCUCCAGCUUCGCGUCAAACACGCUAACGAAACUUCACUGGGCAUCACGUGGCGGGCCCCUCUAGGCGAAUGGGAGAAAUACAUCAUUUCGUUGAUGGACAGAGAGCUCUUGGUCAUCCACAAGUCACUCUCCAAAGAUGCCAAAGAAUUCACUUUUACAGACCUGAUGCCUGGACGGAAUUACAAGGCUACUGUCACUAGCAUGAGUGGAGAUUUAAAACAGUCAUCUUCAAUCAAAGGAAGAACAGUGCCUGCCCAGGUGACUGACCUGCACGUCAACAACCAAGGGAUGACCAGUAGUCUGUUCACUAACUGGACAAAGGCACUGGGAGAUGUAGAGUUCUACCAAGUUUUACUGAUCCAUGAAAAUGUGGUUGUCAAGAACGAGAGUGUUUCCAGUGAUACCAGCAGAUACAGCUUCCGCGCCCUGAAACCCGGCAGCCUCUACUCCGUGGUGGUGACCACGGUGAGUGGAGGGAUCUCCUCCCGGCAGGUGGUGGCGGAAGGAAGAACAGUCCCGUCCAGCGUGAGUGGGGUGACAGUCAACAAUUCUGGCCGGAAUGACUACCUCAGCGUUUCCUGGCUGCCGGCGCCUGGAGAAGUGGAUCACUACGUGGUGAGCCUCUCCCACGAGGGCAAGGUGGAUCAGUUCCUCAUCAUCGCCAAAUCUGUCAGCGAGUGUUCCUUCAGCUCCCUCACCCCGGGCCGCCUCUACAACGUCACUGUAACCACCAAGAGCGGCAAUUAUGCAAGCCACUCCUUCACCGAGGAACGGACAGUGCCAGACAAGGUCCAGGGAAUCAGUGUUAGCAACUCUGCCAGAAGCGACUACUUAAAGGUGUCCUGGGUGCAUGCCACUGGAGACUUUGACCACUAUGAAGUCACCAUCAAAAACAGAGAAAGCUUCAUUCAAACCAAAACCAUCCCCAAGUCAGAAAAUGAGUGUGAAUUUAUUGAGCUGGUUCCUGGACGCCUGUACAGCGUCACUGUCAGUACAAAGAGUGGACAAUAUGAAGCCAGUGAACAGGGGACAGGGAGAACGAUCCCAGAGCCUGUGAAGGAUCUCACCCUUCUCAACAGGAGUACGGAGGAUCUCCAUGUGACUUGGUCAAGAGCCAAUGGGGAUGUUGAUCAGUACGAGGUCCAGCUGCUCUUCAACGACAUGAAAGUCUUCCCUCAUAUUCACCUUGUGAACACAGCAACUGAGUAUAAGUUCACGGCGCUCACGCCGGGGCGCCAUUACAAAAUCCUCGUCCUGACCAUCAGUGGCGAUGUCCAGCAGUCAGCCUUCAUUGAAGGCCUCACAGUUCCCAGCACUGUCAAAAACAUUCACAUUUCUGCCAAUGGAGCCACGGAUAGGCUGAUGGUAACCUGGAGCCCUGGUGGCGGGGAUGUGGACUCCUAUGUGGUGUCUGCAUUCAGACAGGACGAGAAGGUUGACUCUCAGACCAUUCCCAAGCAUGCCUCGGAGCACACGUUCCACAGGCUGGAGGCCGGAGCCAAGUACAGGAUCGCCAUUGUUUCUGUCAGUGGGUCCCUGAGAAACCAGAUAGAUGCGCUCGGACAGACAGUCCCAGCGUCUGUCCAGGGAGUCGUCGCAGCCAAUGCAUACAGCAGUAAUUCCUUAACAGUAAGUUGGCAGAAAGCCCUUGGUGUGGCAGAAAGAUACGAUAUCCUGCUUCUAAACGAGAAUGGGCUUCUUUUGAGCAACGUGUCAGAGCCAGCUACGGCAAGACAGCACAAAUUUGAAGAUCUAACGCCAGGCAAGAAAUACAAGAUGCAGAUCCUGACUGUCAGCGGAGGCCUCUUCAGUAAAGAAUCUCAGGCUGAAGGCCGAACAGUCCCAGCAGCUGUCACCAAUCUGAGGAUCACAGAGAACUCCAGUAGAUACCUGUCCUUCGGCUGGACCGCCUCGGAGGGUGAACUCAGCUGGUACAACAUCUUCCUCUACAACCCAGACAGGACUCUUCAGGAGCGAGCUCAAGUUGACCCGCUAGUCCAGAGCUUCUCUUUCCAGAACUUGCUACAAGGCAGAAUGUACAAGAUGGUGAUUGUCACUCACAGUGGGGAGCUGUCCAAUGAGUCAUUUAUAUUCGGCAGAACAGUUCCUGCUGCCGUGAACCAUCUCAAAGGCUCCCAUCGGAACACGACAGACAGCCUGUGGUUCAGCUGGAGCCCAGCCUCCGGGGACUUUGACUUCUAUGAGCUGAUUCUUUACAAUCCCAACGGCACGAAGAAGGAGAACUGGAAAGAAAAGGACGUGACAGAGUGGCGUUUCCAAGGUCUUGUUCCUGGAAGGAAAUACACCCUGUAUGUGGUGACUCACAGUGGGGACCUCAGCAAUAAAGUCACAGGGGAGGGCAGAACAGCCCCAAGUCCUCCGAGUCUUUUGUCAUUCGCUGAUGUUGCAAACACCUCCUUGGCUAUCACCUGGAAGGGACCCCCAGACUGGACAGAUUACAAUGACUUUGAGCUGCAGUGGUUCCCUGGAGAUGCACUUACCAUCUUCAACCCCUACAGCAGCAGAAAGUCAGAAGGACGCAUUGUGUACGGGCUUCACCCAGGGAGGUCCUAUCAAUUCAGUGUCAAGACUGUGAGCGGGGACUCCUGGAAAACCUACAGCAAACCAAUUUCUGGGUCUGUGAGGACAAAGCCAGACAAGAUACAAAACCUGCAUUGCCGCCCCCAGAACUCCACGGCCAUUGCCUGCUCUUGGAUACCUCCUGACUCCGACUUUGAUGGCUACAGCAUUGAGUGCCGAAAAAUGGAUACCCAAGAAAUCGAGUUUUCCAGAAAGCUGGAGAAAGAAAAAUCACUGCUCAACAUCAUGAUGUUAGUACCUCAUAAGAGGUACCUGGUGUCCAUCAAGGUGCAGUCGGCCGGCAUGACCAGUGAGGUGGUUGAAGAUAGCACCAUCACCAUGAUAGACCGCCCGCCUCAACCGCCUCCACACAUCCGUGUGAAUGAAAAGGAUGUGCUAAUCAGCAAAUCUUCCAUCAACUUUACUGUCAACUGCAGCUGGUUCAGCGACACCAACGGAGCGGUUAAAUACUUUGCUGUGGUGGUGAGAGAGGCCGACAGCAUGGAUGAGUUGAAGCCAGAACAGCAGCACCCUCUCCCUUCCUACCUGGAGUACAGACACAACGCCUCCAUCCGAGUCUACCAGACCAAUUAUUUUGCCAGCAAAUGUGCUGAAAGUCCCGACAGCAGUUCUAAAAGUUUCAACAUUAAGCUUGGAGCAGAGAUGGACAGCCUCGGUGGCAAAUGUGAUCCCAGUCAGCAGAAAUUCUGUGAUGGACCGCUGAAGCCACACACCGCCUACAGAAUCAGCAUCCGGGCUUUUACACAGCUAUUUGACGAGGACUUGAAAGAGUUCACCAAACCUCUCUACUCGGAUACGUUCUUCUCUAUGCCCAUCACCACAGAGUCAGAGCCCUUGUUUGGAGUUAUUGAAGGUGUGAGUGCUGGCCUGUUUCUAAUUGGCAUGCUGGUGGCCCUUGUUGCCUUCUUCAUCUGCAGACAGAAAGCUAGCCACAGCAGGGAAAGGCCAUCUGCCCGGCUCAGCAUUCGUAGGGACCGGCCUUUGUCUGUCCAUCUGAAUCUGGGCCAGAAAGGCAACCGGAAAACUUCUUGCCCCAUAAAGAUCAAUCAGUUUGAAGGGCAUUUCAUGAAGCUGCAGGCAGACUCCAACUACCUUCUAUCCAAGGAAUAUGAGGACUUAAAAGACGUGGGUAGAAGCCAGUCAUGUGACAUUGCCCUCUUGCCUGAGAAUCGAGGGAAAAAUCGAUACAACAACAUAUUGCCUUAUGAUGCCUCAAGAGUGAAGCUCUGCAAUGUCGAUGACGACCCUUGCUCUGACUACAUCAACGCCAGCUACAUCCCCGGUAACAACUUCAGACGAGAAUACAUCGCCACUCAGGGACCGCUUCCAGGCACCAAGGAUGACUUCUGGAAGAUGGCGUGGGAGCAGAACGUUCACAACAUCGUCAUGGUGACCCAGUGUGUUGAAAAGGGCCGAGUGAAGUGUGACCAUUACUGGCCAGCAGACCAGGACCCCCUCUACUACGGUGAUCUCAUCCUACAGAUGGUCUCGGAGUCCGUGCUCCCCGAGUGGACCAUCAGGGAGUUUAAGAUAUGCAGUGAAGAACAGUUGGAUGCACACAGACUCAUCCGUCACUUUCACUACACGGUGUGGCCAGACCAUGGGGUCCCAGAGACCACCCAGUCCCUGAUCCAAUUUGUGAGGACAGUCAGGGACUACAUCAACAGAAGCCCCGGGGCUGGGCCCACCGUAGUGCACUGCAGCGCUGGUGUGGGCAGAACAGGGACGUUCGUUGCCCUGGACCGGAUCCUCCAGCAGUUGGACUCUAAGGACUCCGUGGACAUUUAUGGGGCAGUGCAUGACCUAAGACUCCACAGGGUUCACAUGGUCCAGACCGAGUGUCAAUAUGUGUAUCUGCAUCAGUGUGUAAGAGACGUCCUCAGAGCAAAGAAACUGCGGAACGAGCAAGAGAACCCCCUGUUUCCGAUUUAUGAGAAUGUGAAUCCAGAGUAUCACAGAGCUCUUCACGUCGCGGUGACCCCAACCAUAACAUUUCCACUGCCACUGCAUAACUGUGCUUUACCUAUUGUUUUGAAUCACAAUAUGCAAUCUACUCGAGACAUUAAGAAUUCACCUGAAGAUCCCCUGGAUAAAAGCGUUUCACUGUGUGACUUUAAAAAAAAACAAAAACAAAAAAACAAAAACAAAACCUUGCUUCAUGCCCUGUGGGGGUGCCAGCCAUUUCUGUUGAUACUAUGUAUAAUUUAUUAAUCUGGAGAAUGUUAAAGAAUUUAUGUAAUUUAAAGGUAACAGAUAUUAUUGUACAUACUUGUAUUUUGUAGUUUCUCCUGUAAAUAUGUAUUUUUCAUAAUGUUUAAAAUUAAGCUUUAUAUAUUUUCACACUAAAGUGUUCAUGGCUUGUUGUACAUAGACCCAUACAGCCUGUAUGACAGGGCCACGGGUGAAAAGUGUGUAGAGGAAGUCGCAAGGACAGUCCCCGGGGGUGUUUCUUACCUGUCCUUAUAGUCACUGGGUAAGCGAACGUCAGAGCUGAAGAGAGCAUACCAUGAGGCUAGCUAUGUUGAGCUGCUUUCUUAUGAAUGGACCCUGGGAUCUAAGGAAUAUAAUAGUCAAAAAAGAUUAGGGCUGUGGCCAAACCUUUGUGGUAGGCCAUAUGCCAAGAAAUUAAAAAUAAAUGAAGUGAAUUAAAAGGAGGAUUCGACAGCACCAAAGCUGAGCUUGCUGUUGUCUAAGCUAGAAGCUUUUUGUCUGACUCCUCCCAGGGUCCCAGGGUCCCUCCCAGGGUCAACUUGAAGCUUGCAGUGACCACGGGGUUAAGGGGUGCCAUAGCGAGCAAUACUAACAGGGAUGAGGAACCUCCAGCACACAGCAGCGGGCCACCUGCAACAGUCCCAGCUGGUUCUCCUCUGGAAAGAGUUACAGUGGCAGGUGAUGUUCCUGAUCAGAGAAAGCAUGGUAUGCCAACAUGUCCAUAGAAAUAGCUACAUCAUAUAUAAUGAGUUAAAGAGUGGUGGUAAAACACACACACACACACACACACACACACACACACACACACACACACACACACACCAGCUCUCCUUAGUCUAAAAACCCUUCAAAUGCUCUUUCUAAGUAAGUUGAUGCAGUUAAAAUGUUAUCAAGUUCUCACCUGAAGCUCAGUUUACUGUAAGCAACGCCACACACCCUACCAAUUUUAUCAUUAAGAUUUAUGCUUUAUUUGACUAUAAAUAAUCCCAAGUGACUCAGAGAGUGGACAUUGGCCAGAUCAAGGUCUGAUUCGUAGAUGUUUCCUGAGGAAGGUCUAGAGAGAGUCCUGUGGGUGCCUGAGUGUGACGUCACAUUUUCUGACCUCAGAGCUUCAUUUCCAGAAACAGCAGCUUCUCUCGAACAUAGGCAUCUUUGCCAUGUAUCAUAAAUUCCCACAAUAAAAUGGAUAUAAUUGGCAUAACAAUUGAAAAUAAUUAACGAUACCUAUUGUAUAGGUGUUUAUCACUGUAACCUUAGUUUGUAAAUAUAAUGUGAUACAGAUAAUUACAUAACUCCACACCCAGCCUGGAAAUGUUUUUAGGGAGUGUUCGAAGUUUAUAGAAACAGAGGAGCUGUGUCCUAAGGAUCCCUGUGAACAACAUUCAGAGUUCUCCCGAUGUCCCUGUGCUCUGUGCCCCCAUGACAAUGAUACUGAGCAGCUCUGGCCCUGCGGCCAGAAACAUGGCGGAUCUUGGGAACAGGAAAAAGAGGGGGAGAGGUGUAAGCAUAUAGCGGUAACUAGGGAGAAAAUGGAGGCCAGGCAUGGUUUGGGUGUGUUGUGUGUUAGGAAUGGUUUUCUUAGAGGAAAAAGAAAAAAAGCUAGGUCGAGGGAGCAGCUCAGAGGUAGCAAGCUUGUGUGUGUAUCUCUCCCUCCUCCCCUCUGAGAAGAGAAAAGAAAGGGGAGGGGGUAGAGUUGUAAAACGAUGUUGCUUGGUGCAAAGCAUGCUCAUGACCUGGAAAAGGAAGUCCAUUUUCAUUUUAAGAAAAGUUCCAGCAAGGGCCUGGAACCUGUUGGGCCCUGUUCCGAAAUCUGUUUCUCUGUGUCCUCAAGGAGAGAAGCAAGGUGCAGUGAAAUUAAUGUUGUUAUUGUUUUCAAUAGGAAGUGGAAGAGGGUCUGGGUGAGGGCAGGGGACCAGAGCGAUGCCUUCCUUGAGGCACCUGCCAGCAAGGGCUGGAGCUGUUUCUAUGGCAAGUCACUAGAUGCAGAAGAGAAAGCAGUUCGUUGCACACGCAGGGACUACCACCACAAAGCCCCUGCAGGUCUGUAGCCGUAACUCACACACCUCUCAAAGCAGCUUGGGUGAAGUCAGAGGUACAGAAAUGAGCACAGCCAUGCAGCCCAGGGACACCAUGCAUUCUUGCUCUCUAUUCCAGGGAAUACUAAUACCUCCUCUAUACAAGUUUUAAAGCCCCCUUAGCAACAAAUACUUCUGUGUAAUUUCUCUCUUGAAAAGAUCUAAUACAAAUCUAGUUGAUCUACCCAUCAAACUUAGCGGAGAGCUGGACUGAAAAUGUAACUACCGAUAGGAUGCUUGCCAGGCACAUGGGAGGCCCUGGGUUUAGUCUCAGGUACCACAAAAUAAGUAAGGAGAAAAAGAAAGAAAGGUUUCUUUGGCCCUUCCUUCUGUUGGGUGCAUCUCCCCUUAAUUGCUUCACAUGGCUGUGCCUCGGUAAACACUCCACUUACUACCGUGUCGGACAUCCUGUCUGCACCUGAGAGCAGCUCUGUACUCAACUAAAGCUGUCAAGUACUUCAAGGCUCUCAGACUUUGAGAGAGUCUGUUUUGCAUCUUAAUAAUUAUUUACCCAGGUUCCUUAUAAUUAACUCCUCUAGUCUUUCAGAUUAAAUCAAUUUCACAUUGCAAGUCUGCGUUACUCUGGAAAGCUGCCAACUUUCCCACUCUUGAAUCAGAUUGUUCAAAGAUGCAUCUAUCUCCCUGUCUGGGCUUGCAAACGUUCAUCUUGAGGAACUUCCACCCUUUAGUGCCCGGCCUUCCACCCUCCCCUUGCUUGCUGCUGCUUCCUGGUGAAUGGCUCACUGUGCUGGGCGAAUGUGCCUUUAUCUUCUAUUCAUCUCAUCUUCCACACACUGCUAGCAUCUCAUAACCUCAACACCAUACAGGAGUGAUUAAGACUUUAAUUUUUCAACAUUGAAACGGCAACAACAUAGCAAUCUGGGGUCAGUUAUAUUUAGGAGGCUCUGUAAUUAAUUUUGUUAUUACCUCUUGGAGGAAAGCCCAAAAUGAUAUGAGAAAAUACUGUGAAACGUUUUAACAGAUGUCCAGCAAUACAAAAAUAGGGCACUCAUGAUCCACUGCACAGUGCUUCUCUUAGCUCCGUGUUAAGGCUCUAACUCCUUAUAUUAAACACUUUCUGAUCCCCUCACAAAAAGAAGGAAGGAAGAAAGAGAGAGAGAGAAAAAGAAAGAUCUGUCAUGUAAUAAAUUCUUGUUCAGUUUAGUUUAUGGGCGUUUUAGAAGGUUGAAUCCUAAAGUUACUAGAUAUUUGCCUCAGAGCCCCAGCGAUGGAACACUCUAGAAUUUUUGUUCACACAAGCUGACCAAACCUGACCAUGCCAAGCUGAGUAAGUAAUAAACGGUGGCAGCUUGUUUGUAGAAACAGUUCGGAGGUUUUCUGAGUUCUGUUUCAUUGUGUGUUGGGGGGGGGGGGGGGGAGAAUGUGAUUGACUAGAUAAAAGUUGUAAGGAGGCAUGAGCUGACACGGAGAGUGAACUCCCAUCCCCGAGGAGUCGGCGGAAGCGGAAGUGUGGCACACCUGCCUGAAUCCCCGUUACCACUCCAAGGAUCGCUAAUCCAAGCUUGAGAAGUUCGGUGUUCAAAGAAUCUUUCACGGCAAAGGAAGCUGGGCCACGGCUGCGGAGAGGAAGUGAAAUGAUGAGAGGAAGGAAACUGCUGGAGAAGAGACCACCAAGGCAGACAUCGGGAAGGCAGACUGCCCCGUUUCCUUCAUGGGACGGUUUUUGAACAUUUCAUCAUGUAUUUCUAUUAGGACAGGUAGACUGAGCAUCCCGAACCCCCAAAUCUGAAACUCAAAAUGCUCCCAAGUGCAAGACUUGACUUGAGCACUGACUUGACUCCACGGCUGGCCUCGUGCAAUCUCUAAGAAAACACAGAUCCAUUAAAAACUACCAUGUAAACUUACCGUCAGCCAUGCGCACAAGGUACAUGAGAGACUGAAAAGAACUUCAUGUUUAGACUUGGGAUUCACCUUCAAGACUCCUAUUUAUUCAAAUAUUCCAAAUUUAUUUUAAAAUCAGAUUCUGGUGGAAAUCAUUUCAGGUAAAGGACCUCUGACUUGUGUGCCUGUUGAUGGGAUUCACCGUGACCACGGAGGUCAGGCUAUCUAGCUGAUUCAGCCAUUGGACUGGCUCCCUUGGCUUUUGAAUUAACCAGGUGUGUGACUAAGUUUACAGGGCUUGGCUUUGUCACUGCAGACACAGCACCUUAGAGUCUUAUAAUGUAGGAUAACUGUAUAGGAUACAGUGUUUGGCCAUUUCGGUUAAAACUCAGGGUGCCAUUUGAUGCAGCUAUGAUAACAGCACAGAUUCUGGUCUCUUCUAAAACUGUGUGUAGCCCUGAAAACACUUCUGACUGAAAAUACUUGACUGAAGAUGGCUUCCUUGGAAUAACUACAUGCAUUUUAUUUUUUUUUUUAAGAAUUGUCUAUAUAGAUAGCAUUCGCUAAGUAAAGACAUUGUUGGUGAAUGCUCCCCAAAAUAGAAGUGUACAUAAUGGAAAUAUAAAAGAUCUAUUGAAAGAUAUGCCAAAGAUUAUUUUUUAACCUAUAUGCCAAUAAUGCACAUGAUCUUACGUAAGAAACCAAAGAAAGUUGUUCAAAACUGUAAAUAGUGUCAGAGAAAUGUUACAUGUCUCCUCUCAGAAUAGUUGCAAGAAGGGUUAGUUUGGGUUAUUCUCUGCCUCAAGUAAUUUUCUUUAAAAAAAAAAAUGCCAUCCUCACCCCAAGGCAAGUAAGCAUUUCCAUUAAGUCUGAGAUGUGUUUUAGGAGCUAUGUGUGUAAAUAUGCCUUGAGAAAGGAGCCGGAGUGAUUGUGGCUUUAAAUAUCCAACAGCCUCCAUCUGCCAGUUAGUGGGAAGGUCUACACCAGAGGUCAGAGUCUUCUGGCCUCAGCCACACUGACAAGAGAGGCCACAAGGUCCCCACUUAAAGAGCACUUCAUCUUGGCCAUUGUCUGUGAGGCUCAGUUCUCCAAGAACAAAGAGCAAGUCUCUCUUGCUUAACCUCCAUCACACAGAGAACAGUUCACGGCUCACAUACCCUGCAUGCACGGUUUAGAGCAGAAGUCGCUUCUGGCUGUGUGCUUUGGAUGUUUGGUUGUACCUACUAAUUCUGAAGUCCACAGAGGUGCAUUUAGCUGCUCUGCCGCGUGUGUGAAGGGUAAUAGAUCAUGUAAAUAAACCCAGCAACUGAACCUGUUAUGUUCUAUAAUAGAGCACUUCCCUGGUUUCAAAAUCAUUUACGUUCUCUGCAAAUCUAGUAAAAUGGCAGUAAAUGUAUUUUUUUUCCACACUACAGCAUCUACCCACACGAUUGCAUUGUAACCAGCAUUGUUUGAGCAAAGAACCUCAUCAGUCUUUCUAUUUAAAUAAUGUAUGUGCUUAAUAUAUUUUCAGAUAUGUAACCAUGGUUAAAGGAAACCUAUAUGGAAUCUUGCACAAACCCUCACCAAUGUAGGAAUAAAACUGCUGCUCAUUGAAAGAG